AUGGCUCAAAUUGAAUGCGACAAAAAACUUGAUCUGGAUGAUCCACUUAACAGGCCAUCUUUUUUGAAUGCAUCUUCAGAUCAAAUGAAAACAAUUCAGGAAAAAGGAAAUAAAAAGAUCAAAGGUAUUCAAAAGUACGAUGAUAAUCAAUUCAAGUCAACUCAAUUAUUUAAGGGUAUCAAAGAACAAGAGUCACCAAAAGAUUUAAUUUAUUUCGAUGUCGAUAAUUACAACAAACCAAAGAAAUUAAUCUUUUAUUAUGCUUCUUUCAAAUUUCUGGACAUAAUCAAAAUUGUGAAAGAGCAUUUUAUUGAUGCAACCCAUUCAUUACUUGAAUUUAAAAUGUUGUUUUACAUGAUAUCAGCCAAAUUUCCAAAUACACAUGCAUUCCCAAUUUUUCAAUUUGUCGUUUAUCCAAACACUUCAGAAAAUAUUGCAUUCUGUCUCAAGGCAUUUUUUAACUGGGCAAAAGUAAAACCAAAAUAUUUUAUGUCAGAUUGUGCACAAGAAAUCGAAAAUGCGAUUAUCAACUCUUUUCCAGAAGUUAUCCUUCAUUGGUGUGCAGUUCAUGUAAUGAGGGCGUUCAGAAAAAAUUUGAAAGAUUAUGCAUUUGA